AUGGCCUCCAUCUCCGAGCUCGCCUGCAUCUACUCAGCCCUCAUUCUGCACAAUGAGGUGACUGCCCCGGCCAAUGUCAACAUUAGGAGCCUCAUCUGCAAUACAGGGGCUGGUGGACCUGCUCCAGCAGCUGGUGCUGCACCAGCAGGAGGUCCUGCCCCCUCCACUGCUGCUGCUCCAGCUGAGGAGAAGAAAGUGGAAGCAAAGAAAGAAGAAUAUGAGGACUCUGAUGAUGACAUGGGCUUUGGUCUUUUUGACUAAACCUCUUUUAUAAU